UGCAGCAGUUUUCUGAUCUUAUUUGCUGCACAGUACAUGCAUGCUGGGCUGCUUUGCUUCUGUGCCUGCUUUGUCUGACUCUGUAGCUACAUCACGAUUGUUUUUUGGUUUGUGAGCUAACUGCUUUUUAAGUAAAAGUUUUCUGCCUAUUUUGAGAUGGGGGAUGAAAAAUGAGUAGUAGGAAAAGAAGUUACUUUUCCAAACUCACAGUUAUGAACAUGGCAGAGGAAGAGGUGUUGAACUCAGGAUCUCGUAUAUCCUCAUACAAUUCCUUGUCUCUUAUAGUAUACAAACAAACUUUGCUAUUUAUUUUUCUUCAGAGACAUCUAUAUAAAUGCAGUUUAGUCUGGAUGGCUUCUCCUUUUCUUGUGUGUUACAUCUCUUUUAGAGGCUUCAUUUUCUGUAAAAGCUUCUUUUCCUGAAAAGGAUGUUGGGAAGAAUUACCCAUCUUCUCUUGGAUCUUGAAAAUAUCCCCUCACACCCAUUUUGAAUUACGUUUUGGUUUCUGUCUUAAUUGUAUCUUUUUGAUGCCAGUUGUUCAAGGUUCAAAUUCCUUAUUGCAAGCCAGUGUUUUAAUUUCCUUAAUGUUCCAGAGAGAAAUUAUGAGGACAUUUAUGUUGGAAGGCAUAUUUCAUACAGAAUUAUGCACAGAUCAUUAGUAAUAUUUUGGGGGUUUUGUAUGAUUUUCAAUGUAACAUAUGAAAAAAGCAGGAGGCUUAAAACUUUCCCAAAGAUACCCUUGCUUUCCACUUCCUUUUAAGCUGUAUCUGUUCCAUUAACUGGAAAUAAGAAACUUUGCCUGCAGCUCUAGGAAAAAGUCUGGAUCACCACAUACGCUUAGAUGUAUGUGGAAAAUACUGCUUGGGUACUAAAUUAGUGUGGCAACCUUUUUAAAUACUGUAGGCACACUGGAGUACCUACAUGGUCUAAUUUUUUACUCCUUAUUCCUUAGUUUUGAAAGCAGUACAGUUUUCUCAGUGGUCUUUGACACUGCUGAUGAACUGCUUAUUCAAGAGUGGAUUUCUGGAAUGUAGAGGUAGACAAUGUUAUUAGCUCAGAUAAAUCGAGACUCUCAGGGAAUGACGGAAUUUUCUGGAGGAGGAAUGGAGGCUCAGCACGUGACUCUGUGUCUAACAGAAGCUGUAGCUGUGCAAGGUGAACCCUCAGAUGGUGACAACUUGGAGAACAUGGAAGGUGUAAGUUUGCAAGCAGUUACCCUGGCUGAUGGCUCCACUGCUUACAUACAGCACAAUUCUAAAGAUGGUAAAUUAAUGGAUGGCCAAGUGAUUCAAUUAGAAGAUGGUUCUGCUGCUUAUGUUCAACAUGUACCUAUGCCUAAAAGCAGGGAGAGCCUGCGUCUAGAAGAUGGACAAGCAGUUCAGCUGGAAGAUGGAACUACGGCAUUUAUUCAUCACACCUCAAAAGACAGUUAUGACCAGAGUGCACUGCAAGCUGUGCAGCUGGAGGAUGGAACCACUGCCUACAUCCACCACACGGUGCAGAUGCCACAGUCAGACACCAUUUUAGCCAUCCAGGCUGAUGGCACAGUGGCAGGACUGCACACAGGAGAUGCUGCCAUCGACCCAGACACCAUCAGUGCUUUGGAGCAGUAUGCAGCCAAGGUGUCUAUUGAUGGAAAUGACAGUGUUAGUAGCACAGGAAUUAUAGGUGAAAAUGAACAAGAUAAAAAAAUGCAGAUUGUCUUGCAAGGACAUGGAACAAGAGUGACUGCAAAAUCUCAACAGACAGGAGAGAAAGCUUUUCGCUGUGAUUAUGAUGGCUGUGGAAAACUCUACACGACAGCUCACCAUCUUAAGGUGCAUGAAAGGUCUCACACAGGAGACAGACCAUACCAGUGUGAACAUCCUGGAUGUGGCAAAGCCUUUGCAACAGGCUAUGGGUUAAAAAGCCACGUGCGAACACACACUGGUGAGAAGCCCUAUCGGUGCACAGAAGAGAACUGCACCAAAUCCUUCAAGACUUCUGGAGACCUGCAGAAGCACAUUCGGACCCACACAGGUGAAAGGCCUUUUAAGUGUCCCUUUGAAGGAUGUGGCAGGUCAUUCACAACAUCUAAUAUUAGAAAAGUUCACAUCAGGACACAUACAGGCGAAAGGCCUUAUUACUGUACAGAGCCAGGAUGUGGGAGAGCUUUCGCCAGUGCAACUAAUUAUAAGAAUCAUGUGAGAAUACACACAGGGGAGAAGCCCUAUGUCUGUACAGUUCCUGGCUGUGACAAACGUUUCACAGAGUAUUCCAGUUUAUACAAACAUCAUGUUGUACAUACUCAUUCCAAACCAUACAACUGCAAUCACUGCGGGAAGACCUACAAGCAGAUCUCCACCCUUGCUAUGCACAAACGGACAGCGCACAACGACACAGAGCCCAUUGAGGAAGAACAAGAGGCUUUCUUUGAGCCACCUCCAGGACAAGGUGAAGAUGUGCUCAAAGGCCCCCAGAUCACCUACGUGACAGGUGUAGAGGGAGAAGAUGUCAUUUCUGCACAGGUUGCUACAGUUACACAGUCAGGAUUAGGCCAACAAGUAGCACUAAUAUCCCAGGAUGGAACCCAACAUGUGAACAUAUCCCAGGCAGACAUGCAGGCCAUCGGCAACACCAUCACGAUGGUGACACAAGAUGGCACCACCAUCACAGUCCCUGCCCACGACGCCGUCAUCUCCUCCGCGGGAACGCAUUCGGUGGCCAUGGUCACUGCAGAGGGCACCGAGGGGCAGCAGGUUGCAAUCGUGGCCCAAGACCUAGCAGCGUUUCACAGUGCCUCCUCAGAAAUGGGACACCAGCAGCACGGACACCAUCUAGUGACUACAGAAACCAGACCUGUUACAUUGUUGGCUACAUCCAAUGGGACACAAAUUGCAGUGCAGCUUGGAGAACAACAGUCUCUGGAAGAAGCCAUUAGAAUAGCCUCCAGAAUACAACAGGGGGAAACACCAGGGAUUGAUGAUUAACUUCCAAAACUGCUACCAGAACAAUAGAGUGAAAGUUUCUAGAAACGGUGGCUGGAACGGUGGCUUUGACUUAGCAAAGAAACAACUUCAGUUCUUACUUCUCAUUUCCCAGGACAUUUCCUGACCACUGUACAAAUGUGAGUAUUCUUUGUCUUUCAUACAAGUUGGUUUGCUGCAAAGUGUUCAUUCACAACCAGCUCAGUCAGGAAAACUGUAUUUUACAAACUAUUUCUGUGACUGUUACCUUACCAGUUACUCUUGCAAAACUCCCAAGUCAAAGGUCAUGCUUCCAUGUUUUGCUAGCUACCUCUACAAAGGAAAACUUACUGAACAAAUAAGGUAGAGUGAUUUAGACUGCUUAAAGAAAAGCUGAGGUGAUUGUGUGCCUUAGCUGCUAGGCCUGCCUUCAUAACAGACUCAUCUCCUGCGUGGAGAGACCUUGGUGAUUUUUCCCUCCCACUUCCAUUCAGCCAGGACUGGAAGGAGCUGUUUUGGUAGUUUAUGCUGCACGUUGGCCUUGGAAGAUCCUGUAGUGGAGUUUUGACAGGACAAGAUCGGGUUAGAUAGAUAGAAAAAGUGGCAAAAAGGAUUUCAAGGGGAGAAAGAAAAGAAUAUGACAGGACUCAGUGCUUGGCAGUAGAAAUCUCUAUACUUUACCCACAGAUUCUACCCCUCUUUUGAAAAUUGUCUCAAAGGGAAUGCUUUGGCACUCCAGAAGUAACUUCUAGAAGAUGAACCCUGUGAGGUAAAUCAUCUCAGUGUAUCACUGCCUCUUACAGACUGACCCCCACAUUGUCAGUCACAAUUUUUCUCUUGUAUUUCAAUACCCAGCCUAUACCAGUUCUCUCCAUAAAGGAGUAAGCCCAAAGUCUUUCCAGACCUCACAGUCAACUUUUCCCUUUUAAGUAUUUCUCCAGUUUUUCCCUAUGGUGGGUUUUGCUUUACUGUAGUUUAGUGCCUCUUCUGAUAGUAAAAGAGGUGCUCCAGGCUGAUGACCUAUUGUGCCAGACACGCUCUGCAUAACAUUUCACCCUAAAGGGCUAAUGGUUUUCAUAAGAGUAAAUCCUGCUGUAAACAGCCUCAUCCGUGCUGCUGUGAUUAAGGCCGGCUCAGCUGACCGAUACUGCAGAUCCUGGGUGCCAGACAGGCACGUGGUGUCUGCUCAGCACAAGGGCCUCACAGACCUGCUAAACAGCGGCUCUAGUUCCUGACCCUCCUCACCCCUCCAGUACUGCUGGCAUUUGUCUCACUGCCUGCUCUGCUUUCUGUGAGGAUUGUGCUGCAGCAGAGAAAUCUCUCUGCAGCGCUGUGCUGUUCCCAGUGCCCUCAGGGAGCCUUCCCCAGGGACAGGAAGCCAUUUAAUCGGAAUUUAGCCGCCAAGGAAAGAUGGUGUGGAGUUAGGAUAUGGUAGAAAAUGUUUCUGAAUGUGGCAACUCGAGCUCUACAGCUGUUUAGUUUUGUCAGACUCUACACCUCAAGGUGACCAAGAUGCAGAAGUGCCCCAUAACAAACCUGUUCACUCUGAGUUGGUCAUUGAAUGAAAACACGUUUUGUCUAAUUUUCAAACAGCACAGGUGAAAUUUCAUUAAUGUUUGGGUGGCAUGCAAACUGGUUUUCUUAAGCAGUAAGGUUUUGAGAGACUGGAAAUGAUAUGUAACUUGUGUCCUGUUCAGCUAUUAACAGAGUUGUUCAAAGCUUUAGAAAAUGUAUUUUACCCAGCACGCAUCCUUUUUGUCUUGAAAAAAUGGAAAUUGCCUUGUCUUUGCAGAUGCAUAAAAUCAAACUCUAGCCCCUUGUUUAUAAUAAGGUAGUCCUACUUUUUUAUUUGCAAAGUAUAUAUUUGAACACCAUUUUCCCAAAAGUAUCCUGUGGUCUAUGGAUAAAAGCCUUUUAAAGUAUAGACACCCAUGACAACAAAAUAAAAAUCAAGAGCCGUUUUCAGUGUUUUUGUUGGAGGUAGUAAACUGCACUCAAACUGAGGCAGAGAAGGAAGCAUUUUUCCUUGUUGUGUUAUGUGUAUUGUAAAAUGUCCCAUCAGUUUGGCAUUCCUUUGAUUCUAUUUCUCAUUCUGCUGGUGAAGUUCACUUGGCCAGAGGAAAAUCUAACAAUCUCAUUAGGCCAUCACCAUUAGCACUAAGUGGUUGACACCUUACCCUGUCAGGAGCAGACUUUCUAACUGAGGGUUGUAUUCAAAGCAGACUUUAAUUAUCCCAAUAAACAUACCAGCUUAUAUCAAUUAUCCUAAUAAACAUAGAAGCCUAUAUCAACAUGUGAGCACUUGGUCCUAUACAAUCUGUGUACUUAUCUCUGCUGGAAAUGUGACCCCCUUAAAUCCAAUCCAUUUCAGCUUCUGAGACAAUAAGAGAUUUUCUUUGGGUUAUUACUGUUCUGUUUAAUUAUUUGCAGCAUUUUGCUCAAAAGAAUGACAAACCAUUUACACCUUCAGGACACAAGUGUGUGGAACUUUUCUUAUAGGGAAAAAGUAUCAUAUGUGGUUGUCAAAAUGCCUGGUGUUUUACCCUUUCUUUUGUUUAAAUCCAUCAUCAGCCUUUAGGUUGAUUUGCUGCUGCUUUUUACUUAUUUUUCAAGAGACUUUUAGACUCUGCGUUGUGUUACUGCUUGUUUCUGUAGAAUUUGCUGAGAGGUUCCUGAACAGGCGUCUUAGUGAGGCCAGACAAGGGAAAGAGACUUCCCAACAUCUGGCAGGUCUGCUGGCAUAACAGAAACUACCCACAUGGAUGUAAAAAGCUCCUAGAGAUACAGCAAUGGUCCAAAGUUACCUCUCCAGUGGGGCUUUUUCCCUGGUGUAGGGCUAAUUCAGAUUUGAAUAUAGUUGUAAUGACUGAAAAAUCAGAAAGUGCAGGAAUGGUUUGUGGGAUAGAUGGGAUUAGCUGCUUUUUGUUUUUAAACAGAUACAUUCAAGACAGUAAGAGAUUUUUUAGAAUUAUUUUUAUCUGCACACCUAAAAAUGUUUGUAAAAUGUCUUACCUUAAAUGAUGCACAUAAGAGAUGAUUAAAAGAAUAGUAGUAGAUUAAAAAAAGGCACAGUACCUCUUUUAUGGUUUUGCAUGUUCCCUGAAGGAGAAAAAGGAAACAGGUUAGUGACAGAGGUAAAUUAGUAGUGUAGUGACUAUUUGGUUUCUCUGCAUUAGACAUUGUGAGGUUUUUAACUGCUGAUAGAAAAUCUUUCAAUUUUGAUUAUUUUAACUUGGCCUCAACAGAGGAAUUGGACAUUCUAAUUGUACCUGUAGGGAGUCACUAAAAACUGUCCUGAGUGUGUGUUCUCAGUCAUAGAGAAUUACUGAAUUGUAUGUGCUUGGCACAACCUGUACUUUUUAAAUGUACUUUGUACGUUUUAAUUUGAGUACCUUCAGAUCUUCCCUGAAAUUCCUAGAUUUUGGAUCCAGAAGCUGUUCUUUAUUUUGUGGAAAUCGUAGUGCUGCCACAUUACCCUUUCUAUGCCUUGUUCUCUUGCUGCUAUUAUUUAGAGUUCCUGGGUGAAUAAAUUCCUGAGAAAUGUCCUCUCUGCCUGCAGACUGUAGCCUAAAAAGAUAACAAGGACUGGCAGCAUCAGCUAUUGGUGUGUCUUUGGCUAUACAAAGUCCAUUUUUGAUGGGAAACUCAUUUAACUCUGGACCUUGUAAUUGAAGAGAAAGAGGUUGCCAGCUAACAGCAGCUGUUAGCAGCACAACACCAGAUAAAAUAAUCUUUAAACUGCUCACCUUUAGGCUGUCAGUGGCCCAGACACAACAUCUCCCAGUUGGCACACUCCCACUGGGACCUGUUGUCCCUGUAUAUGCCAAGUUUUGUGUGAAGACUGGAAUGCCAUCGCUGGCACUGGUGAUAAGCACACUGCUCCCUGAGUACCUGCUGAAAACCAAGAUAAAAGCUGGGAAAACAGCAAAGAUCUCUCUGCUCUCAGCUCUCCACCAACAGCCUUGGCACAGGUGGCUGUAGUGUUUCUGUUUUUCAUAAAAGCAACUUGACCUUCUUCCUCUUCUGCUUUUUCACUCCAUUUACGCCUCUCAUGAUAAGGUGAACUCUUAUAAUAAGGUGAAUUAUGCUGGCUGAUAUAGAAUGGGUUUCAGCCAGAUUUUGGCAGAACUCUCCCAAUUUGAUUGAAGUGGUUUUGGAGGAUUCCAGAUGAAUGUGCAAGUGCAGGAAUCCUGACGAGAUGGCAGUUCUGACAGCCAGACAAAUUGGCUAUUGUUCUAUUUCUUCCCCAUUCAUCAUUAUUUGACUUCCCCUGCUACCCACAAAAGUUGGAAACAAUGGUUUCCUUGAGCUUGAAAACUCUUAGUUAAAAGCAGCUGCUUGCCUGUGAGUGUGUACUGCUCCAGAUAAGUAUUUCCCUUAGCAAAAUCUUCAGUGCACCUUAAAAACAAGUGUUACAGAAAGGGAAAGAAGCCAAUUUUGCAAAUAUAUAUCCUGAAAACCGUUAAACCGCUCAAAUUUGUAGGAGUAUCAGUCAGGCACUGCCUAGACAUCAGUUCGUGUGCUGUUACAUCUACUGGAAGAAUAGGGCUUGAGUCUGCAAGAUCUGUAGCGGUUCAAAGGUGCAAUUUAAUCAGCUUCAGAGAAUUGGGGAUGGUUUGGCUCUGAGAGUGUGGCACAGUGGAAGCAUGCAGAGCUCCUCCUCACUCAGCUUCUUCCUCUGGUGGUGAUGUCCAUUGCUCAAGUGCUCUCUGGGAGGGAAUUGGCUCUGUGGGGCUCUUUAGCCAGGCUGCUCCUAGGGCUCCUCAUGCUAAUUACAGGUGUCACAGGGGAGCAGAGUUCCACACACAGUCUGGGCAAAAGUCAUCUCUUCAACACAACAGCUCAUGGUCCUGUCAGACUACAGCAAAAGAACAACGGGUGUAAGUUCAGAGCAGCACGUAGGUAGAGCCUGUGAACGCCUACAUAGCAGCUGUGCAUUUUGUUAGCUACAAAUUUAUUCAGUACUUCCCUUUCUUAAUUGCUUUCAGACUGGAAAUAAACUUGCUUUUAAAAUCA